CAAGAACAUUAUACUUAUAUGUGAAAAGUUGUAUUUGGUGUGAUUAUGAAGGAAGAUACUAGUGAUAAUUUGUAUUUCAAGUUUCAAAUCCAUGAUCUUUAAUAAACAUAAAUUUGGUGACAGAAAACCAAAAAAAAUGAAUCAUUCUCUGGAUAUGUUGAUGACCUGACACAGAGGUCACAUGCAUCUAGGAGAAGUAAAAAACAGAUCCACUCUCUCACAUGCUUUUGUGAGAUGUAGAGCCUCUGUAUCUCCACACACACCCCUUCUCCAAUGUCUCUCUCUUUUACUCUAUUUUUCUUUUAUUACCUAUUUAAUAUGAUAAUCUAAAUAAGUGGUUUUUUUGCUCACAUUUUAUUUAGGAAAAAAAAAAAGAAUCCUGCCAUUUUCCAAUAAGGAACCCCAGUCCCCAUAUGUGGCUGAAUUUCCGGUUUGUUCUCUGAGCAGUUAUAGCAGUGAGAGAGAGAGAGAGAGAGUACAAAACAGAGGAACAUUUAGUCUCUUCUUGGAUCUGUAGGAGAUUCCUUUGUUCCUUUCUUUCUUUAAUCUCUCUUCUUCUUGAUUUGGCGGUUUCUUUGCUUUCUGCAACUCUUUCUUUUCAUUGGUUCUGUAGAUUUAAACUCACACAUUCCGUGUUUUAGGACAACAAACUUCUCAGACAAAAGGGGCACACAUGUUCUAGUGUUCUGUUUAUGGUUUAGUAGUUUAUUGAAGAUUGGAUCUAAUUACCAAAAGGGUUUUUAUCUUUCUCCCUCCUUUUGUCUUCAGUGGAAUCUGGGAAUCUUAGGUUUGUAAAAAGGUUUAAACUUUAUUUCCUUUUUAAGAUCCGUAGGUUUGAUUGCUGUUAGUGUAGGACUCAGAUUAAUUUAGGGGUUUUCUUGAGCUUUAAUUAAGCUGGAGAAGACAAUGGGUUUCUUCUGAUUUGAAAUCUUAAACGGUUUUUUUCUACAAAGAGAAGGGCUAAAAUUUUGGAGUUUUAUGAAUAUGGAAGGUGCGUCAUUCUCGUUAUAGUUUUAAUGGUGGUUACUGUUUGAUGAUGGAGAAAGAAAAAAAGAAAGCUUUUAAAGUUAUCUCUUCCAAAUUAUUGCAAACACAUCAUUGAGGCAUAAAGUUUGGGUUUUUGGGAAAUCAGUAAAGGGGAACACAUCAUAGAAGAAAGCUUUCAAAGCCAAAAAGAAAAAAGGAGAAGUCUUUUUGAAUCUUUAAGUAGAAAGUUUCCGGCGCCGGAGAAUUGUUUUUGUGAUCUGUAGAAAAUGGCUGCGAAGCUUCUGCAUUCAUUGGCAGAUGAUAGUGCAGAUCUGCAGAAGCAAAUUGGAUGUAUGAAUGGGAUUUUUCAAAUCUUUGAUCGUCACCAUGUUCUUACUGGCCGACGAAAAAGUCUUACUUUAGGUAAUGGAAAUGCCAUUAACAUCAAUUAUGAAAGAGACUCUGUUGAUACAAUUUAUCAACAAAAAGAAACUUUUCAGGACUCCAACAUUGGUGGGAAUGUGAAAGAGAAGCGAAGGGUUUCAACAGAAUCAUCUAGAGUUUCUUUCUCAUCUUCGUGCUCUUCCUCCCCAUCGUCUUCUGAGUUCAAUAGAGGAGUUCAACCUGACGCUUCUGCGUAUGACCGAGCUAAUUUUCAAGAAUCUCCUACAAGUGAUCCUGAGAUGACUGAAGGGAAUGGAUUUUCACAUUUGGGACUUGACCUCAGAGAUGUUGUGAGAGACUCAAUGUACAGAGAAGCCAGAGGGCUUUUGAGUAAGACUCCAAUGACUAGAGAGGAAGUAGUUAGACAGAGCAGACGAGAGGAUUCUCCAAGGCCUUAUGGUUUGAAGCAAUCAACUCCCAUGGAUCUCAAUGAGUCCUUCAGAGUUCUAGCAAGACUUAGAGAAACAUCUCAACAUUAUAACGAGCUUGGCAUGAAAGAUGCGCCUCGUUACUCAGUUGAUUCUCAUGAUACGUUGAAAUCCAGACAGAAGCUGAAAGAGUUGCCUAGGCUUUCGCUGGAUAGUAGAGAACGAGCGACGCGAAACUCCAGUGUUGAUCCCAAAUCAAGUAAGCUUUCAGAAAGUUUCAGUGAAAGCUGUUCAAGCAGUAGCAAGAAACGGCCUCCCAGUGUUGUAGCAAAGCUCAUGGGAUUGGAGACAUUGCCCGGUUCUCCAUUGGGUAGAGACAUUCAUCAGUUUGGUCUGAACAAAACCAACAUCUCUGACCAAAAUGACGAUCCAUUCUCAAGAUCAUUGAGGGAGAAAAAUCUGAACCGUGCAAUCCGUUUUUCUCCUAGCUCACCGAGAAGCUUGGGGAAGGACCCGGCUUCUCCAAGAUGGAGAAACUCUGAUUUUGUUAUGAAACCUCUAUCAAAUACAAGAUUCCCCGUUGAACCAGCUCCAUGGAAACACGCUGAUAGAAACCGAGUUUUGCAAAAGCAAGCUAGCAUGCCUGUGAAAGCGAAGCCGUAUGAAGCACCUAAUUUUCCUCCUACUGUGUACAGUGAAAUGGAGCGGAGAUUGAAUGAUCUUGAGUUCAAACAUUCUGGAAAAGAUCUGCGAGCCCUUAAACAAAUAUUAGAGUCUAUGCAGUCAAAAGGUUUCCUAGAUACUGAGAAACAACAACAAUCCACAAACUUUGCAGUUCAAAGAGAUUAUGAAAGAGAAAAUUCUGCAACUUCCAACCAUGCAAUGUCAUCCAGAACGAGAGUUCAGUCUUCUUCAUCUAACCAGGUAUAUCAAUCCCCGAUUGUGAUUAUGAAACCUGCCAAGCUUGUUGAGAAGGCUGGUAUUCCUGCGUCAUCCCUUAUUCCCAUUCACAGCCUAACUGGCAUCAAGAAGAUCCGUAGAGAAAAACCUGAUGAUAAAGGAACUUCAGCAAGUAAUAGUAAACGGGUGACAAAAGAUUGUAGUCCUGGAAACCGAAGAGCUGAAUCAUGUACCAGCUCGUUUGAUAAGAAAUCUGACAGCAGAAAUGUGCGGUCUUCUUCAAAAAAGCCUCAGCAGGUUUCCAAAGAAAGUGCUUCAAAGAGUUCAGGAUCUGUAAGUCCAAGAUUACAGCAGAAGAAGCUUGAGUAUGAUAAGCGUUCACGGCCACCAACCCCUCCUGAUUCUAGCAAAUCAAGGAAACCGUCAAACCAACAACUUGUGGAAUCUACUUCUCCUGGUGGCAGACGUAGACCCAAGGGUCAGAAGAGUUUGCAGCAAGUUGAUGACCAACUUAGUCAAGCAAGCAAUGAAUCUAGGACGUCAAGUCAUGGCAUUUGUACUCAAUCCGAAACAGAAGCCUCUGCUUGUGUAGAAAAAUCUACUGAAGCUGAUGGUGGUAAAAGUCCAUCUGUAAUCGAGGCAGCCAAAGCUGUAGUCUCUAACUUAAUGCAGAAUAAAUCCAGUCCAAGGUUUAGUGAAGAUGGAUUGUCAGCUAACCUUUCACUAGUUGCUUUGGAACAUCCAAGUCCUAUUUCUGUUCUCGACGCUUCAACGUACAGAGAGACUGAACCAUCACCCGUGAAGACACAAGGUAAUGUUGCCCAUGAUUUUGGUGAUGAAAAUUGUGAGGACCAGUGGAAUCCAGCAUACAGUUUCUCAGAAACCACAUCAAGCUUUUCGCCAGAGAUAAACCGUAAGAAGCUACAGAAUGUUGAGCACUUGGUUCAAAAGCUCAGACGAUUGAACUCUAGCCAUGAUGAAGCCAGCCAAGAUUAUAUUGCAUCGCUCUGUGAGAACGCAGAUCCUACCACCGAUCAUAGAUACAUUUCUGAGAUUCUAUUAGCCUCGGGUCUUCUCCUAAGAGACCUUGGCUCAGGAUUGACAACGUUUCAACUUCACCCUUCUGGCCACCCAAUCAAUCCUGAGCUGUUCUUUGUUCUUGAGCAGACAAAGGGAAGCAGCACUACGCAUCUGUUACACAAAGAAGAAAGUAAGGUUCUGAAAAAUGAGAAGCUCAACCGGAAACUUGUGUUUGAUCUCGUUAAUGAGAUUCUGGUGGAGAAACUAGCGUCAGUUGAAGCCACGACGAAUCCAUUGAUGAAGUCAUAUGCUAAGGUGACUAAGAAAGCCGUGAGUGCGCAACAACUACUGAAAGAACUGUGUUCAGCGAUAGAAACACAGCAAAAGCAAGCCACAAAGAGAUCAGAAAACUUUUUAUUGGAAGAAGAAGACGACUUCUUGAAAAGUAUACUUGCUGAAGAUGUGACGAUUCGAUCUGGGAACUGGGCAGACUUCAGUGGAGAAAUGUCAGGAUUGGUGCUGGAUGUUGAGAGGCUUGUCUUCAAGGAUCUGGUUAAUGAAAUCGUGCAUGCAGAGACAAGCCGUCUGCAAGCAAAGUCAGGAAGGCGACGAACGCUUUUUGCUGACCAGUAGCUAAGUCUGUUGAAGAAGACAAAAUAUAUACACAAGUGGUUUCUCUAACUCUUUAACUGUGUUAUGUUUCACUCUGGUCCUUUUUUUCGUCUUUGCUGAUUCUUAUGGUCGUUCUUGGGUCUUCCGUAUUCUACAGCAGAAUUAUAAUCAUAUGGUGUGUUAUGUAAUUACUGAAGUUCUUGAGAUGGCUACCUAAAGAAAAAACUGUAAAGCGAUAUAGAAAGAGAAUUCAUAAAAGAAGAAAGACAACUAAUGGAAAAUUCUCUGUAUCUAUUGUUUCAUGCA